UUUCCGCGAGGUUGCCUUUCCCACGACAAAACCAAGAUUUCCACGCAAGCGAAUCCGGGCCGCAGCUCCAUGGGGAUGGGCCAGCGUGGCAGCGGGGGCGUUAUCGCCUGCGCCUCCGAGGCCGAAAUGUUGGCCCCGGCCUGUUUAUUAGUCGAUGUCCGCAUCCUCGACCGAGCCACUAGCAGGGUCGACUGCACAUGGAAUGAACGUGCGGUCGGGGUGGGCGCCUGCCAGGCGGCACCUCCGGCAGGAGAGGCUAACCUUAGCGGGACAGAAAAGGCGCAAGGAUGA